GUAUCCGUCUGCAUCCGUACGCACAUACCUAUGGGACCGGGGCCUCAUCAACCUAAAACAAACAAAAAUGUUAAACAAAGUAUCCAAACUUUAAUGCAUCAAAUCGGUAGCAGUAUCAAUAUUUAAAAAAAAUGAAAAAAACUUAUCUUAAUUUGUUGGUUAGAUUUUUCCUCUAACCUUACGUCUUUUGAAAUUUUAGUCACUAUAUUCGAGCGGAGACAAAUACCUAUUUAUUUAAUCAAAUAAAAUAAGUUUCAGGAAGAAAUUUCAAAUUGUAUUAAUAAAUUGCCAUAAAUAAAUUAUCUUAUAAUCUGUAAUAAAAAAAAAUUUUUCAACCAAUUUUUUCAAAAGUAAAAUCGCUAUGAAUGAGAUAUUGUCACCAGGCAGUUUUUCCGGAGUAAUAAUUAACACAAGUUUCUGAAAUUCAUUAAAUAAUUGAUAUACUGGCGAUUUUCAACUGUGUGUCGUUAGUCAAUGAGAUGAUCUAACGAUUAACUUAUGCAAAAAUAUUGUUAACGUAGUUUUUAUAAUUAUUUAGCCUGAUUCAGUAGUGGUUGUUGAGCCCAGCACCCAACACUCAUUUUACGUAUUUUAAGUGAUUAAUUGUAGACGAACUGACGAAUGACAAUAACAAAAGUUGUUGUUUAUUCCAUGAACUAUCCAAUGACUUAAUAAAUUUAUAGAUCAUCGCAGAAUAGCUGAUUGUGCGUGUUAACUUUUAAGACUUUGCUUGAUACAUGCUGCUGUUGCUGCAUCGCUAAUAUUUUUCUUUUUCAACAAAAUUUGGUGUCCUCUUUACCUUAUAUCAUCUAUGGUUUGUAGUAUAUUAUUAAAGUGUAACGCUGAUCUCAUUAAUAAUAACUUAUUAAUUGCGUGAAAAAAUUCACUCUGAAAAAAACGCAUAUCUUAACUAAGCAAACAGUAUUUCCAAGUCAUUAUUUGCAAAAUUAUGGGAUCAUUGACAAGCCGUCAAAAUGCGGGUGUCGAAGAAGUUGAUAUAAUUUCAAAUCAUGCAUAUAAAUAUCCCCCACGAUCAGGAAGUUACUUUGGUAGUCACUUUAUAAUGGGAGGUGAAAGAUUUGACACUCCACAGCCAGAAGCUUAUCUUUUUGGAGAAAACACAGAUUUAAAUUUUCUUGGAAGUAGGCCAACACCUUUUCCAUAUCCACCUCCUCAAGCAAAUGAUCCAACCAAAACAUUAAAAAGUUUAAUAAACAUUAGAAAAGAAUCUCUUCGCCUCGUUCGCAUUGUUGAAAAGUCUCCACCAUUACAGCAAUCUGGAAUCAAACAUUUUGGUGAUGGAGAUGUAGACAAAAAACCAGUGCAUUUUAAUAUAGAAUUUAUAUUUGAUUGUGAUGUCAAAUGUUCAAUAACUAUUUACUAUUUCUGCACAGAAGAAGUUUCAACUAAAGGAGUAAUAUAUGUUCCAAAAGAUUCAUUAAUAAACUCUGAAACAUAUUAUUACAAAAAAGGAGCUAAUCAGUUAUUUAGUCAAACAUCUCAUGUCUUUGAUCCUACUCCUUACACUGAUGAAGAAUUAUCUUAUAAUACUGAAUACGAGAUAAUCCCUAUAGCAAUUCAUUGUGUGGCUGAAGAAGGUUCCGACGAGCCAAAGCAGUCUCAUGCUACAAUUGCCGUUAUUGAAAAACAUUCUGAUGGAUCAUAUGUAUUGAAAGCUCUAAAGCAGAAACUGUUUGUCGAUGGGCUCUGCUAUUUGUUGCAAGAAAUAUAUGGUAUAGAAAAUAAAAAUACUGAAAAUGCUAAGCAAGGAAAUGAUGAAGAUACAGAAGAUAAUGGUGCUGAAUGUGUCAUUUGUAUGUCCGAUGUACGUGACACACUUAUCUUACCAUGCAGACACUUAUGUUUAUGUAAUGGCUGUGCAGAUUCUCUUAGAUAUCAAGCUAACAAUUGUCCAAUUUGUCGAGCUCCAUUCAGAGCUUUACUUCAAAUUAAAGCUUUGCAAAAAGCAGUGGGCUCUACAAUUGCUAAUCCUGCUUUACCCGAGGGAAGUUGUGAAAACAUACCAAUUGGAUAUGAAGCUGUUUCUUUAAUUGAGGCCCUAAAUGGUCCCUAUACUCCUAGGGCAACUGUACUUGCUCCAGAAUCUCCAGAUACACCUGAUACAGACACUGCUAGUGCAACGCAAGCAGCUGAAGUUUUAAACAGAUCUACAGACAGAACAUUAGUUUCAAAACAUUCCAUGUCAAAAGACAGUGAUUCACUACCAAGGACUAGCAGCAGUGCACCAAGUCAGACCUCGGAAUUUCGUAUGUCCGUACUUGUUGCUAAAGGUGAAAAUUCAGGAUCACAGAAAGAUUUGCAUAAUCAAUCACCAAUUGCAAAAAAUAAAUCCUGCAGUCACCUUCGAGAUCACAAAGCAGGUAUGAGAACGAGAGAUACCUUACGGUUAGUUAAUGAAAAGCAAUCUACAUUAAUGUACGAGGCACAAAAUCAAGAUGAAGACAGUGAAGCUGAGAAGUUGUCUCCUCUUCUGGAUUCCUCAGCUAGUACUGAAGUUGAAAAUGCGUCAAUUCAAAGAGUGUGUGAUAAGGAUAAUAUUAAUGAUGAAUUGCCCUAUAGUGAAAGCGACAAUCAGAUUGACAUUACUUAUCACUCACAUUGAAUAUUCUUUACCUAAAAGUAUUCAAAAAUCUUUUAUUUUAAUUUUGUUUCGAUUAAUGAAAAGUGUAGUCAUUCAUAGAAUUUAAUUGAUACUUGUAAUUUUUCAUAAUUUAUAUAUAUUUAAGAAAAUACAUAAAACAAACAAAAGUUUUACUUCGGUAAUACAAAUGACAAUAUAUUGUUAUAUUUAGAAUUAGCUUUUAUCUUUUGUUUUUUAAUUAAUUGAUUUUAAUGUAGUUAUAAAUUGUAACUGUAUACCAAAUUCUAUGUAUAGUUUAAGCUAUAAUAGUAAUUUGUAUAGAUGUCAAAUG